AUGGAGUUGCCGCCCAGCGAGUCCUGCAGCAGGCGCGUCAGCUUUGACUGGCGGUACGCGCAAGGUGUCUGGGGUCUCGGACACAUUAUAGUCCGCGGGACUGACGCAGGCGAUCAUCAAUUCGGCCUCACCGAAUUGGAGGUCACUUCCGCUCAUUUAAUGCGUGGCUCUGCCGGUCGGGCUGUAGCAGCCACUGCAAUGAACGAGACCUCGUCCCGUUCUCAUGCCAUUUUCACUCUCACCGUAGUUUCCAGCAAGCUGGAGGGAAGGAAGGUGGUGACCACCUCCAAGAUCAAUCUGGUGGAUCUGGCUGGCUCUGAACGCUGCUCCAAGACACUGGCCAUCGGCGACCGCUUCAAGGAGGGGGUCAAUAUCAAUAAAGGCCUGCUGGCCCUCGGCAACGUGAUCAACGCAUUGGGCUCCGGACAAACUGCCGGUAAGCGCACGAUCCGCAUAGCGCAAGGUGCUCAGGGUCUCGGACACAUUAUAGUCCGCGGGACUGACGCAGGCGAUCAUCAAUUCGGCCUCACCGAAUUGGAGGUCACUUCCGCUCAUUUAAUGCGUGGCUCUGCCGGUCGGGCUGUAGCAGCCACUGCAAUGAACGAGACCUCGUCCCGUUCUCAUGCCAUUUUCACUCUCACCGUAGUCUCCAGCAAGCUGGAGGGAAGGAAGGUGGUGACCACCUCCAAGAUCAAUCUGGUGGAUCUGGCUGGCUCUGAACGCUGCUCCAAGACACUGGCCAUCGGCGACCGCUUCAAGGAGGGGGUCAACAUCAAUAAAGGCCUGCUGGCCCUCGGCAACGUGAUCAACGCAUUGGGCUCCGGACAAACUGCCGGUAAGCGCACGAUCCGCAUAGCGCAAGGUGCUCAGGGUCUCGGACACAUUAUAGUCCGCGGGACUGACGCAGGCGAUCAUCAAUUCGGCCUCACCGAAUUGGAGGUCACUUCCGCUCAUUUAAUGCGUGGCUCUGCCGGUCGGGCUGUAGCAGCCACUGCAAUGAACGAGACCUCGUCCCGUUCUCAUGCCAUUUUCACGCUCACCGUAGUCUCCAGCAAGCUGGAGGGAAGGAAGGUGGUGACCACCUCCAAGAUCAAUCUGGUGGAUCUGGCUGGCUCUGAACGCUGCUCCAACACACUGGCCAUCGGCGACCGCUUCAAGGAGGGGGUCAACAUCAAUAAAGGCCUGCUGGCCCUCGGCAACGUGAUCAACGCAUUGGGCUCCGGACAAACUGCCGGUAAGCGCACGAUCCGCAUAGCGCAAGGUGCUCAGGGUCUCGGACACAUUAUAGUCCGCGGGACUGACGCAGGCGAUCAUCAAUUCGGCCUCACCGAAUUGGAGGUCACUUCCGCUCAUUUAAUGCGUGGCUCUGCCGGUCGGGCUGUAGCAGCCACUGCAAUGAACGAGACCUCGUCCCGUUCUCAUGCCAUUUUCACGCUCACCGUAGUCUCCAGCAAGCUGGAGGGAAGGAAGGUGGUGACCACCUCCAAGAUCAAUCUGGUGGAUCUGGCUGGCUCUGAACGCUGCUCCAAGACACUGGCCAUCGGCGACCGCUUCAAGGAGGGGGUCAACAUCAAUAAAGGCCUGCUGGCCCUCGGCAACGUGAUCAACGCAUUGGGCUCCGGACAAACUGCCGGUUACAUACCGUACCGCCAGUCAAAGCUGACGCGCCUGCUGCAGGACUCGCUGGGCGGCAACUCCAUCAAUUCGGCCUCACCGAAUUGGAGGUCACUUCCGCUCAUUUAAUGCGUGGCUCUGCCAGUCGGGCUGUAGCAGCCACUGCG